AUGGCUACCUACUCCCCCGAAUACUCGGAUGACGAGUACGAUUUCGACGAGGAGUACUUUGCGCAAACCUACAAGCCGCUCUCCAACCUCCCGACCCCUCCACCCUCGUCACGCGACUCCUUGAUCGCUCAGAGCCCGAGGUCUCUUUUUGAAGAUGGAAGACUUGCUGAUUCUGUUCUUUUCGGCCCCGCCGUCCACUUGGUAAACCUUGUGCCUCCAACGGCUUCUCUGGCUGUGCCGUCAGUCGCCCUUGUUCAUGAGAUUCUAGUCCGGGCUGAUCUGCCAAUGGACACCAUCGGCCUCGCAGUUUGCAUUUUGGAUUCGCUCAGCUCCAAGUUUUCGCUCAAUUGGAGGUUGCUCUGCCCGCUGGCACAGAGAGAGGCGCUCUCUGAGCUUCCCAAGCGGCACACACUCCCGGUCAGUCCGGUGGGGAUGGCCCAGCUACACAUCGACUGUGUUGGUCCCGAGAUUAUCGUUCUGACCGCAUUGAUCAUUGCCGUCAAGUUUCUGGAGGAUUGCCAGGAGCCCACACAAUACUACGCAUCAGCAUGGGGGAAGAACCAGUGGACUUGCGACCAAAUCAAUGUCACCGAAAGGUGCAUCAUGGAAAGCCUGGGCUACCGGAUUCUCCCCUUGUGGGACCCCGUGUUGAUUGGGAGUGUGGUUAAAGACAUGGAGCGUGCUGGAAGGCAGGCGCUCUACCCUCCACAACCCAGAAAAAUCGACAAGCACCAGCGCUCCCAGAGCGAGGCCGUGACAGGCCUCGGUCUUCCCCUCACGCCGGCAGAAACGCCAGUGUUGGAGAACGGCCCCGCUGUUGUUUUCCCUUUGGUGGAUGGAGGGAAAAUGCACGUCACAUUUGGCGGUGAAGGCGCGCCCGCACCAGACCUGCAUCUGCCUCGAGGAAAGCGAAAGACAUUCCCCACGAGCGGGUGA